UUUCCUUACGCCGGAAGUCGGUGGUUAAGGCUGACUCAUGGGAUGACGACUGCUUGCACUGAAGUUCAGCGAAACCAGGCAGGGAAGUACACUUUCGCAUUGUUAACCUCCUUAAGCUGACACAUUUCGGGUCUAGUGCUGUGCUACUGGUGUAUUUUCACAAUGUUUGGAUUGUGUUCAUAAUUCAACGUUCUAGUGAUUGUAUAUAUAGUAACAUUUGUUUUCAAACUUAUUGAUUCAUGUGUAAAUAAACCCAUCUCCCCUUUGGUUUGAACUGAACCAGUUAGGUCAGAGUCGGACUUCUGUUGUUGAUUGACGUCAUCAGGUUUAGCGACAUGGAUCCGUCACCUCCCGAUAACACUGAGAAACUAAAUGGAAUGGAGACUCGAAAAAAGGAAUCAAAUCCCAAGUUAGCAGACAUAGAAGGUUCAGCAAUGACAUUAUCUGGGGAAGAUGUUCUUUUGAACGAGGCCACUCAAAACUUGCUCGAGUUUGCAGUGACCAAAGGACACACAAUACACAGUGUGACGCAUAUGACUCGAACGCAGCUCGCGGACUUUUUGAGGGAUUUCUACGGCAAAGUCAAAGUUAAGAACGACGAUUUAUUCACUUUAAAAGAUUUACGUGCGGGUCUUCAUAAAUUCUUUUUAGACGAGGUCAGCAUCGAUAUUUUGCGUGAUCGCACUUUCGAGCUGGCUAACGCAACAUUUGAUCUGGCAUUGCGAGCCAACCCACGCAAGUGCCACAGAAUGAGGAUUGAGAUGGAAGAUUUGAAAAAGAUUUAUCUGAGUGAUGCCAUGGAUACCAACAAACCUGAUACGCUGCAGAACAAAGUAUUUUUCGACAUAAGCCUUUACAUAUGUAACAAAGGGAAAGAUUAUUUUCGGAACAUGAAAAAGAAUGAUUUCGACGUAUCAACAGACAUUCACGGCCGUCGCUACGUUUGGUUGAAAGAUACAACAGUGCCUCGUGAAGAGGACUUGCCACCCAAGUUAAAAUUGAAACGAGCGUCUGAAGAUGAGCACCCAGCCUACCAAGUUGGGGAAAGAAUGUACGAGAGACCAGGUGACCCCAGAUGCCCUUUAUCCUCAUUCUUGAAAUAUGUUACUCACCUACACCCAAUGACUGAUGCAUUUUGGCAGAGACCCAAGCGAAAUGUUUCUCAGAAUGAUUAUGUGUGGUAUGACCAUGCUCCAUUGGGCAGCAGCACACUGACCAAGAUAAUGCAAAGAAUAUCCUUGCAAGCAGGUUUAAGUGACAAUUAUACCAACUACUCUAUCCGCUCAGCAUGCAUUCCAUUGGUCGAAGCUGUUUGUGAAGCUGCCAUGCAGUCAGAAAAUGGAGCUCAGAAACCUACUUCUGUAGACACUAACAAAACACAAGCUGGCAUGAUGUCCCACUCCACUUCUGAAGAUCUGUCCAGUGAUGAUGGUAUGUCUCAUACAUCUGAAGUUCAGAACAACAAAGAUCAGGACCAUAGGGAGAGAGCUCCAGGACUGUCUAGCUCAGUAGGCUCUGGAAGCAUGGACACUGAUGAUGGAGACUUGUUAAGUUUAAUGCAAGCUAAAACUCAAGUCUUGGACCUUAUUCGUGGCCUAAUGGUAAAAGAUAUCCAGAAAUUUGUUGAUUGGCUUAAAACUGUCAGAGUACAAUAUAGUGCUGGAGAACUGAUUGUGUUAUGCAGCCCUGUAGAUAAAAGUAACGUUGAGCCCAUACCAGAUGAUAUCAUGGUAGACAGAAAUGGAAUUCAAUCCCGCACAAGUACACCAGACCCAACAUUUAAGAAAGCAAGUAGUCUUGAUCUCUCAGAAAAACGUCAACUGUUAAAAAAAGAGAAUUCUCUUAAUGGUGAUCACCACUUGGAUAAAUAUGAAAUGCCAGAGCUGACAGGAACAACGAUUAAGCAAGUUGAGUUCAUUCAUGUUGCUGGUGUAUAUUGUUCUACUGAAGACCAUGGCUCACUGAAGAUUAGCAUACCCACACCUGACACCUUGCUAGUUACUGGGAUACCAGAGAACCUACAACUGAUGCUGCACAAAAAGAGAGGUCCAAUUUACAAUCUCGAGCCCUUACCUGAGAGAGUUUUUUGCUCUGAAAAUGAAAUGGAUGUGGCAGAGGUUGUAGCUACUCUAGGCACAAAAAGACAAAAACCCAAGCCUCGAGUUAACAACACUAGCAACUGUAGUGCAGUAACAACCUUUGGCAACAAUUACCAGGCCGAGUCUCAGAACAAACACCAGCUGACUGUCUUGCAAAGUCAGCCUCAUCCAGUGAUGGUGACCAUACCAGCAGCUCAUACACCUCUUGUUUCAAGUCACACUGCCAGGGAGCAUUUCAAAGAUCAUAGAAACAAGUCUCUUGGUUGUUUAGACACCCACCCAACCCUACCAGAAGGAGUAAUGCUGAAGCGAGUCUCCAGUACAGGGACCCCUGUUCUUAAGAGACAGGCCCAUGUCCUGGAUAGUAGUAUGUACCCUGAGAAUUUAACUGUCAAACGAGAGACAGAAGACAUUCAAGCUACAAACUUGUCCAUGAAACCUUUCAAGAAGACUGAAUCCCAGGAAGCUAAAAGAGCCAGAGCAGACCGGCUGGCUGAUUCCCUCCGAUACCAUCAAGAAAUCCUUCAGAAUUCUCCACUGAUCAAACGUCCUGGUGAAAGAAAUUUUUCAGGAUUUCGUCACUGUUAUGCCAACACAGUCAACAACACGGUGAAAGCUGAGCCUCUGGAUACAUCAUACAGUUGAUGUAAGCAGCCAGCAUUCAGAUGGCUCUAGUUUUUUAAAGCAGUACCCCUGCUGCUUGUGGUUCCAUGUUUGGAGCCUAAUUGUGACCCCUGGCAGCUAAGCUGUCUUGGGCUAUUUGUUUUCAUUAUGCCAUUGUCUACGAACUUCUGUUGAAGUUGGUCUAAUUUUAUGGUUGUUUUAAUUCAUACACAAAAAAAAACAGGCUUGUAUUGACCAACUGUAUUGUUAGAUUUUCAGGUUUGGUUUCUGGUGUUAGAGUUUCCUUUGAAAUGAUAGCAUCAUGGACAUUGUUUCACUUUUGAGAAGAAAGUCUUGUUUUGUGAUAUCGUAAGGCAUGGCAUUUUGAACUUUUCCACUUGUGCAUUGUUACUUGGUUUGUCCAUGAGGAACAAACUGAUUUGUGAAUAUCAUAUGCGUGCUUUGUUCAUGUUUAUUUUGUAGCCAAGGCUUUUUACUCUUCAAACAUUAGAUGUUAGCAUCCUAUUACUUGCUAUCAAAAUGUAUAUACUAUACAUACACAUAUAUAAAAACUAUAUACAUUUAUCACAUAUAAAGUCAGUUUUGGCCUGUCCUUGUGAUAACAAUAUCAAAUGUAAACAUUGAUUCUUUUGUUUCAGAAUGAACAUUUUAUUCUAAACAAUUUGUGUUUCCACUUCACUAACUUUUUUGUUUUCACAUCAACUCUCAGCAAUAUACUGGCUACUUGAAAUUUGGAAUAUUAAUACUAGAUCUAGUUCUAAUUAAAUUUCCUACAGGAAACAAAAAUAAAGUAUUUUUGAAAUAAAUGGUUAAUUUUUUAAAAAUCUAAUUGUGGUGCUUAAAAUUCCUGAUGUGUCCAAAUUAUUUUCUUUAGAUAUUUAGUUAGUACUGCCCUCAGUGUUUAAGAAAUCCUUAAGUAUAAUUAUUAUGAUUGAUAUUGGUCAUAUGGUGAUAUAAACUUUAUCUAUUUAGUUGAGAAGAUUGAGUUACUUUACAUUCCAUACAUCUAAACUUGAGAACAUUUGGCACAGCUAAGGGUACAUAGUGUGUAACAUUUUACUACAGCAAAAUGUUUUCUGUUUCUUUUUAUUGUUGGACAAAAAACAACUUGUAUUUGAACAUGUGUUAUGCUUAUUAUUUUGUGAUGAUGAUUAAUUGUUUGAUAUUCUAUCUAAAAAAAAAAAUAUAUAUGUGUUUAUUUCAUUUCAAACACUUGAAGUAGUUAACAGGUCUUUUAUCAAAUGACACAUUACUUGUCUCUCAAGGUACUUAAUGGCAAAACUAAUGAUCAGAAAUGGGGAUGGGGGAUCAUAGUACUUUACUAUGUGUACUUAGUUGUGAGAAAUAUAUUUCUGAUUCAUUGAUAGAGAUAGAGAUUAUGUACAAUAAUCUACUUUUUUUUUCCUGUUAACUAAUUUGUGAUAAACUGUUGGAAGUUAGCAUUUAUACUCUUGGCAAUUUUUCAACCAAAUCUUUAAUGUCAAAAGUUGUAUUUUUUUCUGUUUUCUUUUGUUUACUCUAAUUGAAAGCCAUAUACUCUUGAUGUCAUGCAAAUAUAUUGACUAGUGUGCAUACAUAAAUGUUGUGAUUUCUUUUUCUUUGGCAUCCAAUAUUUUGAGUGCAAAUAUACAUUUUGCCAUUGUUUCAAAAAAAUAUUUUGGACAUGCAAUUCAUGUGCUUUUUUUUUCCCCUAAAUUUUCUGACAACUCCAAUGUUGUUUCAAUAGUGAAAUAAUUUCUUUGUGAAAUAGUAUUUUUGCUUUGGUUACAGUCACUAAACAUCUUUCAAAACUGGUCCAUUUCUCUAUGUAUAUAUUGUUAUGUUUUUUUUUUAGCUAGUAAUUAUCAGACAAUCUUUUGGUAUUCUAUUGUAAAACACUAAAAAAGGAUUAUUUUUUUCCUGCGAAGUUGUAAUUGUAAAAAAAUAAUUUUCUGGAAAUUCUUUUUGAUGAUUUCAGGUGAAAUGUUUAGUGUAUAUAUGACAAUAUUUGGAUUAUUUUUUAUAUGCUCAGUUGAAACUGCCCGGUGAAGAUUUGCUAAAAGGUUCCUUUUUUUUUAAUUAUUGUUCUUUAUCAUAGACCAGAUAUGAAAAUGUUUUUGCCAUUGUUAGAAAUGUAUUCAUGAUGUGCUAAGAUGUUUGAUUAGUUUUUCUUAUUGCUAACUGGUUGUUCUCUGAAAACAGAAACUAAACUUUGUAACAGAGCAUUUUAGUUGUGUUUUUUUUUAUCAACUAUUUUGAUAAUCAAAUUGUAAAUUGUAUGUAAAUCUCUAGUAUAUGUACUUCUGAAGCACAUAAUAUCUUACUAGUAAGCAUUUUAACAAGUUCUUUAAAGCUUUGCAUUGUUUUGUUUUAUAAUGGGUUUGUAUUCAUUUGUUUGUAGGCACAACUUAAUGAAAUUGAGUGACAAAGAGUCCAUUGCACAAAGUCUUGGUGCCAUAUUCACUGAGGUUGUUUUGAUUCCACUUCUUGUAUGCCAUCUUGUUGUUCUAAUGUACAAAGUGCAAUACUCUCAGUGAUGCUUUAUCUUUUUGGUUUUAAUUUUUAUUUUGAAAAUGUUGGUAAAUUCACUCAGUCAGUGGAAUCAUUGAUUUUUAUUUUUUCUACAAUAUUCAUUUUGUUUUCACAGAGUGAUUCGAGUGAUUUGUUCAUAAUUCUAAACAGUUGCACUUUUAAGAGCACUUCAUUUCUUUUUUUACAAGCUAAUAGGUGUUAAUGACUUCAGAACUGUGUACAUAUGAGAACAAUCCUUACUUUUCAUUGAAAACAAAAGUUGUUGGCAGUAUCACUUUUUUAAUGAACAAUAAUAAAAUAACUACAUUUUCAUUCAUUCUAAAAUCUCUUGUAAGUGGCAGAGAAUCCUCUGUAGAAAAUUUGAGAGCAGCUGAGAUAAAAGAAUACAGUUGUGAAAACGAUCAAGUUUGCACUGAUAUUAGACUGAAUAUUAGAGAAGAAAAUAAGACCUAUAAAUACGGUACAAAUUUUAGUCAAAGCAAACUGGGAAUUCAAUGGUGCACAGGUUUAGCAACAUUAUGAUAGCCUCUAUACACUUGUAUAUAGUUGAAAAAAUGUUUCUGUUUAAUUAGUAAUUUCUAAGGUGCACAUCACUUUUUAGCAAAAUUUGUUUCAUUGUUAGCAUCCUUGAGUCAAAAUAAAGUUUCUUUGAUGAUUAGUUAAUACAGUACAUUUUUCAAACUUAAUAAUGAAUCUAGAGUAUGAAAUCUUAUAAAAAGCACAUUUUGUUAACAUUUUUGUGUUCAAUUUUUGUUUCUACAUUGGUGAAAAUCUUGUUGAAUAUUUCCCUUUAGCACACUUAGUUUAGUAAAAGUUUUUUUUUUAUGGGAUAAAAACUAUUAAAAUUAAUAUUAAAAGCAUUGUACACUAGUUAAUAUUUUUGAUGCUGACAAGUUUAGAUUUUGUAGAAAUUUGUAUCUUUUUUAAGUGUAAUUUUUAUAUCAUGAGUUUUGAAAUUCUCUAGUAAAACAUUUUCUGCACACAAUAAACUGGUUUAAAUUGUU